GACCCUCCCGGCCCGGACAUGGCGAGCGUCCGGGCCUCCGUGCGAGAUGCCCUGCUGCUUCUGCUGGCGGCGGCGGGCGUGGCGGAGGUGGCGGGGGGCCUGGCCCCGGGCAGUGCGGGUGCAUUAUGUUGUAAUCAUUCAAAGGAUAACCAGAUGUGCCGAGAUGUAUGUGAACAGAUUUUCUCCUCAAAAAGUGAAUCUCGACUGAAACACCUGUUACAACGAGCCCCAGAUUAUUGCCCUGAAACAAUGGUUGAAAUUUGGAGUUGUAUGAAUUCGUCUUUGCCAGGUGUUUUUAAGAAGUCUGAUGGCUGGGUUGGCUUGGGCUGCUGUGAACUGGCUAUCGCCAUGGAGUGUCGACAGGCAUGCAAGCAGGCAUCCUCAAAGAAUGAUAUUUCCAAAGUUUGCAGAAAAGAAUACGAGAAUGCUCUUUUCAGUUGCAUUAGCAGAAAUGAAAUGGGUUCGGUGUGCUGCAGCUAUGCAGGUCAUCACACGAACUGCCGAGAGUUCUGUCAAGCCAUUUUUCGAACAGACUCUUCGCCUGGUCCAUCUCAGAUCAAAGCAGUGGAAAAUUAUUGUGCCUCUAUUAGUCCGCAAUUGAUACACUGUGUGAAUAAUUAUACGCAGUCUUACCCAAUGAGAAACCCAACAGAUAGUUUAUAUUGCUGUGACAGAGCUGAAAACCAUGCUUGCCAAAAUGCCUGCAAGAGAAUUCUGAUGUCCAAGAAAACAGAAAUGGAGAUUGUUGAUGGUCUCAUCGAGGGUUGUAAGACCCAACCCUUACCUCAAGAUCCUCUGUGGCAGUGUUUCCUUGAAAGCUCACAAUCUGUUCACCCUGGAGUCACUAUCCACCCUCCUCCUUCAACUGGCCUUGAUGGGGCUAAAUUGCAUUGUUGUUCUAAAGCGAACACUUCAACAUGUAGGGAACUGUGCACAAAACUUUACAGCAUGAGCUGGGGCAACACACAGAGUUGGCAAGAGUUUGACCGCUUUUGUGAAUACAACCCAGUGGAAGUGUCCAUGUUGACCUGUCUAGCAGAUGUCCGGGAACCUUGCCAGUUGGGCUGCAGAAACCUUACUUACUGUACUAAUUUUAACAACAGGCCAACAGAACUUUUCAGGAGUUGUAAUGCUCAGUCAGAUCAAGGAGCCAUGAAUGACAUGAAGCUGUGGGAAAAAGGAAGCAUAAAGAUGCCAUUUAUCAACAUACCUGUUCUUGAUAUUAAAAAGUGCCAGCCAGAAAUGUGGAAAGCAAUAGCUUGCUCACUGCAGAUCAAACCUUGUCACAGCAAAUCUCGGGGCAGUAUUAUUUGCAAAUCAGAUUGUGUGGAGAUUCUCAAAAAAUGUGGAGACCAGAACAAAUUCCCUGAAGACCACACAGCUGAAAGUAUUUGUGAGCUGCUGUCACCUACGGACGACCUGGAGAAUUGUAUACCUUUGGAUACAUACCUCAGACCAAGUACUUUAGGUAACAUUGCAGAAGAAGUGACUCAUCCCUGUAACCCAAAUCCGUGCGCAGCCAGUGAGCUCUGUGAGGUGAACCGGAAAGGAUGUCCAUCUGGAGACCCCUGUCUUCCAUACUCUUGUGUUCAAGGCUGCAAACUAGGAGAAGCUUCUGACUUCAUCGUCCGUCAGGGGACACUAAUCCAAGUGCCAUCAUCUGCAGGGGAAGUGGGUUGUUACAAAGUCUGUUCAUGUGGACAAAGUGGACUCUUGGAAAACUGUGUGGACAUGCACUGUAUAGACCUCCAGAAGUCCUGCAUUGUUGGAGGAAAAAGAAAAAGUCAUGGAACAUCCUUUACUAUUGACUGUAAUGUCUGUUCUUGUUUUGCUGGCAAUUUGGUGUGUUCCACCCGCCUCUGCCUCAGCGAGCACAGUUCGGAGGAUGACCGUCGCACCUUCACAGGUCUGCCCUGUAACUGUGCAGAUCAGUUUGUCCCUGUGUGUGCUCAGAAUGGACGCACCUACCCCAGUGCCUGCAUUGCUCGCUGCGUGGGUCUCCAGGACCAUCAGUUUGAGUUUGGACCAUGCAUCUCCAAGAAUCCUUGUAAUCCUAACCUCUGCCCCAAAAACCAAAGAUGUGUCCCCAAACCACAAGUCUGCCUGACGACUUUUGAUAAAUUUGGAUGUAGCCAGUAUGAGUGUGUCCCGAGACAGCUCACCUGUGAGCAGAUCCGUGAUCCUGUUUGUGAUACAGACCACAUGGAGCAUAGCAAUCUCUGCACUUUAUACCAGAGAGGAAAAAGCCUGUCUUACAGAGGCCCAUGCCAGCCCUUCUGCCGAGCACCGGAGCCCGUCUGCGGACACAGUGGCGAGACCUAUAGUAGUGUGUGUGCUGCCUACUCGGAUCGCGUAGCAGUUGAUUAUUACGGGCCCUGCCAGGCUGUCGGGGUCCUCUCGGAGUACAGUGCUGUCGCCGAGUGUGCUGCAGUGAGAUGUCCUUCGCUCCCCACCACUGGCUGUAAACCCAUCACACCUCCUGGCGCUUGUUGCCCAUUAUGUGCUGGAAUGUUACGGGUUUUGUUUGACAAAGAAAAGCUGGACACUAUUGCUAAGGUAACAAACAAAAAGCCAAUAACCGUUCUGGAAAUACUUCAGAAGGUCCGCAUGCACGUGUCUGUUCCACAGUGUGAUGUGUUCGGAUACUUGAGCAUUGAGUCGGAAAUUGUGAUCCUGAUCAUUCCUGUCGAUCAUUAUCCAAAAGCUUUGCAGAUUGAGGCCUGCAAUAAGGAGGCAGAGAAGAUCGAGUCCCUCAUCAACUCAGACAGCCCCACGCUGGCGUCCCACGUGCCUCUCUCUGCCCUCAUCAUCUCCCAGGUGCAGGUCUCCAGCAGCCUGCCAUCAGCUGCCAAGAGCACCAGGCCUCCCUGCCACGCCCUGUCCCUCCUCAGCCUGGUUCUUACCACACACUGGCUCUGGACAUGUCCCUGACUGCUCCCAAAGGUGCGAAGCAUUCCUCGAUCCAGCUUUUCUACCUUGUGAAAGACAUUCAGGACUGCUGGCUGGUGGGUGAGCAGUGGCCAAGUAAAAGCACAUGUCACCUCUUAUUACCACACAGUAUCUUUUUAGCCUGAAAAUAUUAAGGAAUUUGCCUAGAUUUUACAAAUGUUAAAAUAUGUUUUUAUAACAUAAUGAAAGAGAUGCCUCUUUCUGAUGGAACACUGCCUCAUAAUUGACAUUUUGCUCGAUAGAUGGGUCUCCUUCACCAAAGCUUACUGUCACUGAUAAAUAAGAUGGUCACUCUUUAGAAAGAAACUCUUUUUGCUAUCAGGUUUAUACCACAGAAGCAUCACUUCAGAGUCCCUGUAAGUAUUACGGUUGUCCCUGUGUGUGUUUUUGUGUGCAGAUACUGUCCCAACUCUCUAGAGGCUAAGGGCCCAAUGACGAGCCACUGCUGCUAGAGAGUAGGAAAUGAAGAGAACGUUUUGUUGAGGUCACCAUGCACCCCACCAGGUAGACUUUAUCAUUCAGGACCGCUCUGUUAUAGUCAAUUGAAGCAAGCUGACCCAGGGACACCCAUAUAAUUGUAUGUUGUAAGGGACUCUCAGCUCUCUGAUUUGUGCCUGUUAUUUUUGUAAAAGGGAGCAGUUAUAUUCAUCAAAGCAUCUUGCAUCAGGCAAUUUUUAUAUUAACCAGAUGCGUAUUCUAAUUUUAGUAUAUGUACUGCCGAAGCAAGCACAACCAGGCACGUGCUCUUCAGUACCCAUCAAGUUAGAGUGUUUUAAGUAUCGAUCCUUAAACCAAUUGCUGCUACUUAUAUAAUUGCCAAAAAGUGAAAUGAUUAGUCGUUCAUGUAAAUAAUACAUGAUUUUAUAUUUUAUUAUGAAGAAGGUGAACAGCCAUAUUUGUAAAAUGACAAUCACGUGUGUUAGCCCAGUACUUUCCGUUCAUGAAGACACCGCUGCCUUUUGUGAUGUGCACAGUGUAGAUAAGUAAAUGUUCUGUCUGACUUUCUUUUUUGAAAUAGAAAUAUAAAGAAUGUGGUUUAUAUAUUUAAAAAUAUCAAGCUGACUAUUAAAAUGUUUGCAUGUUGUCUAAGAAAUUGGAUACUUUGAAUGUGUUUCACAGUUUGAAAUAAGCUAUUCAAUGUAAUAAAUGUGUAUGUGCACCUGAACUUAGAUUUUAUAUGAAGUAUUUUUCAGUGUUAUAUGUACCCUCAAAUAUAUAGUGAUAUGCUUAUUAUACCAAAAUGUUGUUGAAAAGUGGGCACUUAAAGCUUACAAAAUAUCUCAGUGCUGAUGUUAAUGUAGCAUGUUUGUUGCAAUUGCUUGUUUCUGUGUAAAUGUCUUCAAUGCAAUAUACUAGAAAGCUUUUCUAUUUUAAUAAAAAUAAUUUUAUAUGA